AUGAGACAGCCGUCCACAAGCACUGGCCACGUGCCCUCUGCUCGCACACCACCGGUUGGCAAUGUGUCGGCGGUGCUGACGUAUCAAGAUGAGAGCAAGCUACCAGCCUACUACAACGAGGACAUCAUCCCUGACCCCGAGACCGGGCUCAACCUUCCCGUACGCAUCCUUGACUACUUCUACUUCUGUGAUGCUGUUCAGUUUGUACCGGUUCCUCUUGAACACUUGGGAGCAGCAACCAGCACGGCAAUCGUGUUUGAGGUCGACGAGUGGUCCAUCGAAUACGGCUCUCCUCCCUUGCUCUGGCUCAAAUCCAAGCGUGCAUGCCAACCCGCGGCCUGCCACAUCACGUCAUCGGCAAGGUACAAGUUGCUGCAGCCGAAACCCAGCUACAAGCACUACUUUAGCACCAUUCAGCGCAAGUUCGAGGUGUGCACCGGCAUUUAUAACCUCAUGGAAGCGGACAAGAAGGUCUCCUACGCUGACGUGGUCGCGCAUAUGCACGCUCGCUACGGCAUAACGGAGGACUACGUCGUUAAGGAGGCAGCCUCGGUCCUUAAAGGCCUGCUGGAGGCCUACCCCGAGUAUAGGACCACUCCCUUCUUCCUAAAGCUGCGGGACGUUCUUACCGCCAAGAGCAGCUCGGUCACGCCAAAGUCGCCACGGAAGGAGAAAGAUGUGGCCCGCGCACGCGCUUCCGACUCUCCCGUACUCACCUUCACCUUCUCGUCGGCAGCUUAG